UUUGAACUUGAAGAGAAGUGCAAAAAUUCAAAAGUCACUGCAUAUGAACGGGAAAAUUUCACAGUUGAAUUGCAAAAACUUCUAGAUCGAGUUUACCAGCCAUUAAUCAUCAAAGAACUUCUCACAAUACAAGGAAACGCAAGAAGGAAAAGUGGAAAACAAGCUGAGGGUAAGAACUUGAAAGGAACAGAAGGAGUUUCAGCCAGCAAUGUUGCUUCACCAAAGUGGUUCACUGAUGUUUGUGGUAGACUUUUGUCAGAGAGGGUCAUGAGACCUAAUGGUGUGCAGGCAGUGUUGACGGCUGUUUUGGAGUCGUCAGGAGCAUCCAGUAGCUCUCCAGACUGGCGUAAAUGUGAUAUGGUUGCUAUGGUGAUUGCUAGCUGUCCACUCCAGGCCAAUUCUAUGGACGAAUAUUAUCAACACAUAUCCCCACAGGUUAUGAGGUUAUUACAUGCAAAGCAUGAACAGCUUGCCAAACAGUUUGUUAGAGUUGCAUCAAGUACUGUGAGGGCCAUGUUAAAGCGUAACACUAAUCUUGCUAAAACGUACUUCCUGAAUGUCUUGAUGGCUCCACUACUAAGAGUCACUGAAUCCUCAGUUUACGUUGUUGGGUCAGAUCCUCAAAGCUCUUUUCUUCUGUCUCUACAUACUGUCAUACAUCCAAUUUUUGAACUGUUUUGCUUCACAAGAAAAGGGGUUUCUCAUUUAAGAUCAUUUUGUCAAGAAAUACUUGUUAGUUAUCUAAAGCAUAUAGAUAGUGGGUUGGCUUUAAAAACUCUUUAUGUUCUGGCUUAUGGUGAGCACCCCCCUGACAAACUACUUGAUCACCCCCAUGGAGAACCGUCUGAGGCUGUCAUAAAGGGGGAAGCAUCGGACUCUUCAACGAAGCAGCACGAAUCAGCCUCAUCCAGUAAUAAUAAUCAAAGAAUAAAUGAAAAUACCACCAAGCCUUCUACUCCAAUCAAAAGCGAGCAUUCUCAGCACUAUGGCAACCAUCUGCCAACGUUAAUGAGGCAGGAAUAUUCAUAUUGUUAUGGUGACAGUGGUGGCAUUGUCGUCAAGCUAUGCCAUGAUGCAACACCGUCGUUCGAUGACGUCAUGCAGAGAUUGACAGGUGGUGAUGACGUCAUGAUGCAUGAGGUUCGAGCGUCGUGUUUGGUGGAGUUGUUGGUUGGGAUUAAGAACGAUGUGCUAGCUGGGGAGUUUUUUUUACACUUGAUGUCAAAGCUUACUGGAAUUGUUGGUAAUGGCGAUGAGACAUCAGUCACAGAGGAGAUAGCUGACCUUCAAGUCUACGACAGACAAGCAGACGUCAAUCAAAAGAGUCUCGUGACUCUUCAACUAGUUGCUGUCAUGUGUGAUAAGCUUGGACCGUCAAUUCUUCAAAAUGGUUGCCAUAUGCUUGCUUUCAUCAAAUCUACACUACAGCGAGGCUGCAUUUCAUCUGAUUCUGAGCCUCUGGAAGAAGCUUUGGCCUCAGAGACGUUAACUAUGGCUUUUGGGAUGUUGUCAGCUAUUUUGGGUGGUGCAACAAAGGUCGAAGCAAAAGAAAGGAAGCUGCUCGAAGAGUUGAUGCCUUUGCUGGAGAUUCUGUCUUUACGUCACAAUGAUCCUAAGGUUAAAGAAAUGGCCAAUGAUCUUCGUAUUGCCAUAGCAACGCAUGGAGCUGUUUGGAGCGAGCAGAUGAAGCGAGCAGCAGAGAAUCUUGGGAAGAGGGAGGACGGGAAAUCAGGUGGGUGUCAAGGACAGGUCGAAGCAAAAGAAAGGAAGCUGCUCGAAGAGUUGAUGCCUUUGCUGGAGAUUCUGUCUUUACGUCACAAUGAUCCUAAGGUUAAAGAAAUGGCCAAUGAUCUUCGUAUUGCCAUAGCAACGCAUGGAGCUGUUUGGAGCGAGCAGAUGAAGCGAGCAGCAGAGAAUCUUGGGAAGAGGGAGGACGGGAAAUCAGACAAACCCUCAAAGCCAACACCUGAUGAUGUCACGUUUGACGAAACCUUCCGUGAAUUGUGUGACCCUCUGGUCCCAGUACGUGGUCACGCAAUCAUAACGUUAGCCAAACUUCUCCACAAGAGAAACAACAGAGCCUUGUCACAGACGGAUACCCUGCUUAAAAUCUUCUUGGAUCAGUUGUCACACGAUGAUUCUUAUAUAUACUUAGCGGCUGUCCAAGGACUGGCUGCUUUGUCGUCUAUAAAGACCGAUGUAGUACUGCCGCAUCUGGCCAGGGAGUUCGCUACUUGUCGGAGAGGGGCUGGGAAGGAGACAAAUGRCUCAACCGCAUCCCAGCGGUCACCAGACACAAAAAUAAAACUCGGCGAAGUACUUGUGAAGGCCGUGAGAGAGUGUGGCGAGYUAGUCCCRCGCUACUCUCAGCUUCUGUUAUCCUCGCUGCUGUCUGGUGUUCAUGACACGGAUGAGCUCGUGAGGGCAAGCAGUCUCUCCAACAUUGGUGAAGUGUGCAAGUUAUUGAGAUUUUCAAUUGGACCUAUUAUAAAUGAGAUUUUUAACUGUCUGAGCUCCGUACUUAACACCGACAAGUCCGACCACGUUAGAAGAGCUGCUGUUCUUGUCGCUACGUUACUGUUACGUGGAUUAGGUAAAGACGCAAUAGAGGCCCUCGGUUCCUCUCUAAGGGACUUAUACCACAUGAUCAAGCUUGUGGAAGCGUGUGACAAGGAUGAAAUAACGCGUGAACAUGCGCAGCAAGCGCUUUGUGAGCUGGAUACCAUUAUGAAGGACUUUUUGUUUCCAAAACAGACUUUUAGCAAGAAAAUCCAAGUACUACCUUAAAGAUACUCUAUUUAAAUAAGUAAGGCUUGAUUAAAACGAUGUCACUUAACGUAAUAUAAGCAACAACCUACUCUAUAUUGUAUCCCAUAUGUUAAAUGGCCAUGGUCCAACGGCAUCCCUUUGGAGAUUGUGCCUUAGGUUUGAACUAGAGCAAACGCAGGAAAAGCAUGAAAUAACGUCAAACUAAAUACCAACAAAUAGCGGCUAUUUAGAAACAAUUUGCCAGCACCAAUGAACCAGAACACAAUGAAGAUGAGUACACAUGGGACCAUUUUUCAUUCAUCUUUA